AUCUCAUGUCUCGCACCACUAACUCAAGAUGACCCGAGCAGCUGUAGUCAUGCUCUGUUGAGUUAAGGUUUGUUUUUAUCAAAUAAAUGCCAUUAUGCAUUUAUGUUGUCUUUUAUUUUACUUUGUAAAGACCGCCCAUAAAGCCAAGAUUAAAGGUGGGCGAUCUGAUGAUGGUGAUCGAUCUUGAGGGUAUCCACAUCACAGGCAACAUGAGUAAACUAACAGACCAAAUAUCUUUAAUGCAAUAUUGGAUGUUAAUGGUGCAAAUGGAGAAAUUCUUUGGCUGUUUCAAGUCUGGCUAUAGUCUACAGGGCAUCAUGAUCAUCAUCAACUUAGCCAAGAGUCUUGGGCUUUCUAAGGAGGGCAAACGAAACAACGUGUAGUGAUCUAUGACCCUUUGUUUUGUCUACUGCUACUGUUAUUGACUACUGCAGACCACCGGGGCUUAAAUAGUCUUCUUGUUUGCUCAGGUAAUCUGGUGUCUUGCACAGUGACCUCUCCUUUUCCUUUCACAAAGGUGUUUUCAUGGAUGUUUGUUGUGUGCAAUGUUUAGCAGCUCCGAGUGCUGUUAACCACUGAACUGAGGGUAUGAUUCAGCACAGUCAGCUCGGCUAAUCUUUUAUGGCACCCUGGUUUGGUUUUAACUGAUAACCCAGCUAGAGUGUGCUGUGCCUUAUACAUCAUCUAUGUGUUCUCUCAGCCCGCUUCUUCGCCCCAGCCAAGCUCAGGUGACCCUGGUGUGAUAAGAUAAAUGUGUUUCGUCUUGUUUGUUUCAUCUCUGACCUCUUGACGCUCCACCUGGGGAGGUGUAUGGCCGAUAUAAGAGUGUGGAAUAGCUGACCGAAUCACAGAGAAAUACGCAGAGAAACAGCUAAGGCUCUUCUCAUAGCCUACUAUAUGCAGUUAUGGCAGGUAAACUUUUACAGUCCUCACUGGGUGAAGUGUGGAUGUCUCGGAUACUGCAUGGAGUUGGUGAGGGAUCGCUGGAUCGGCUUCUCCCCUCAGUAACCACAGGCCUUUCACCCAGGAAAAGGACCACCAGCCAGUGCAAGUCUGAGCCUCCUCUCCUACGCACCUCCAAAAGAACCAUCUACACUGCCGGUCGGCCACCCUGGUACAACGAACAUGGGACACAGUCCAAAGAGGCCUUCGUCAUUGGUUUGUGUGGUGGCAGCGCUUCAGGAAAGACAACUGUGGCCAGGAAAAUAAUUGAAGCUCUAGAUGUCCCAUGGGUCGUACUACUCUCAAUGGACUCUUUUUACAAGGUCCUGUCUCAAGAGGAGCAGAUUCUGGCCUCCAGUAACGACUAUAACUUUGACCACCCUGAUGCCUUUGACUUUGAUUUGCUUACACACACCCUGCGCAAACUCAAACAGGGCAAGAGCGUGAAAAUCCCUGUGUAUGACUUUACAACUCACGGGAGACAGAAGGAGUGGAAAACCGUGUAUGGAGCCAGUGUUAUCAUCUUUGAGGGAAUCAUGGCCUUCACAGAUAAAGAGCUCUUGCAGUUGCUCGACAUGAAGAUUUUUGUGGACACAGACUCUGACAUCCGGCUGGUGCGUCGGCUGAGGAGGGAUAUUACAGAAAGGGGAAGAGACAUUGAAGGUGUCAUCAAACAGUACAACAAGUUUGUCAAGCCUUCAUUUGAGCAGUACAUCGAACCCACAAUGCGCCUGGCUGAUAUCGUGGUGCCACGUGGUGGUGGCAACAUGGUGGCCAUUGAUUUGAUCGUGCAGCAUGUCCACAGUCAGCUGGAGGAGAGGAAACUUCGCUGGGAUAUGGCAGCCCUGGCUUCUGCACACCAGGCCCAACCCCUCCCCCAAACCCUCAGUGUUCUGGAGAGCACACCCCAGGUCAGGGGCAUGCACACCAUCAUCAGAAACAAGGAAACCAGCCGCGAUGAGUUCAUCUUCUACUCCAAGAGGUUGAUGCGUCUGUUGAUCGAGCGAGCGCUCUCCUUCCUCCCCUCACAGGUCCACAUAGUCCAGACCCCCCAGGGAGAAGAUUAUGAAGGCAGGACUUUCCAUGGGAAGAGGAUCACAGGCGUGUCCAUCCUGCGAGCCGGGGAGACCAUGGAGCCGGCCCUGAGGGCCGUCUGCAAAGACGUCCGCAUCGGCAAAAUCCUCAUCCAGACCAACCAGGACACAGGAGAACCAGAGCUUCAUUACUUGCGUCUACCAAAAGACAUCAGUGAAGAUCAUGUGAUCCUGAUGGACUGCACUGUGUCCACUGGGGCUGCCGCUAUGAUGGCUGUUCGAGUCUUGUUGGAUCAUGACGUUCAGGAGGACAAGAUCCUGCUGGUGUCUUUGCUAAUGGCAGAAAUGGGAGUCCACUCAGUGGCCUACGCAUUCCCACAGGUCAAAAUCAUCACCACAGCUGUUGACAAGAAGGUCAACGAUCUCUUUCACAUCAUACCUGGCAUAGGAAACUUUGGGGAUCGAUACUUUGGAACAGAUGCACCCCCUGACUGGAGCGACGAAGAGAUGGAUGAGCCCAGUUACUAAUUAAAUUAUUGUUUUAUGGAUUAUAAUUAUUUUCUUAAUGGAAUGCACUGACUUAUUGGGUGGUUCAGGGCUGUGCCCCUCUGAAGACAAUAUGAGGACAUUUGCAACCGUCGAGGCUUAACUUGAGUCCCUCAAGGAUCCAACAAGGUAACCUGAAAAAUAAACUGAAAACAGGACAAAACAUACCUUGUUGAAAUUUUAAAUUGUGUAAAUGCUGUUGUGGAAAGGUGUGUUAUAAAGUCUAAAAUAUUUUUAUAUGUACAGUAUGUUGUUACUGUAACUCGAUAUGUUUUAUUUGAGUAUUUAAAUUGUGACAAUCUAUGUAUUGAAAUUUACAGGCGCACUGUUUGAAAAAGAUCAAUCGAGCCUUAUGCCAUUAACUGUGGACGACACAGCUGAAUGUGAAUUUGCACGUCAUAAAAGAGAAAAAUCUCAAAUUUUUAAUGUCUUUUUUUUUUUUACCACAUAUUUUCCGCACAACUUUCACAAAAGUUAAAUCAGAAUAUGAACUCGUGUUGCUUAACUUCUAUCACCAUGAGCACUUUCUGAAGGACCAUUCAGGCGGAAAAUGUGUAGGUGUAUCUGUCUGUUGUUUUUUUUUUUUUGUCGCUUUUUUUUUUCUUUUCUUUUUUUUUAGCUCUUUGGUUCAGCCUUUUCCUUCUCUCUAGAUUCUGACCUAACCAGUUGAAAUGGGUGUUGAAAACCAUUUUUCAUUGUACAGGAAAAGUAUGCACUUCGUGUAUAUUUAAGCAGCUUGUAUUUGAUUCACAUAUUUGGUUAUGGGUAGGCCAGUCAGCAGGAAAAUCAUUUUAUGCCAUCUCUUUGCCGUUGUGAAAAUGGGUCAUCUGCGUUUAACAAACACAGAUUAAGUGUUCAGUCUCUGAUUUAUGCCUCUGUUUUUCAUGCAGGAGAUGGUAUCGUUUGUUUAACAAAAAAAAAAAAAAAGAAAAAGAAAAAGGUGGGGGCGAGCUGUUCUGU